GAUAUUCUUGGAUGAUUUCAUUUAAAACAUUGAAAAAAAUGAAUGAAAGUUUUUGCUCUUUUUUUGCAAAAUAUUAUUUAAAUGAAAGGUUAAUUUAAGUUCACGAAAAGUGAAAGUCAGCAAUUUCCUUUCUCCGUAAUCAGCUGACCUGCAUGUAAAUACAGUAUUACAGUGUACAUCCAUACAGAAAUCAAGAAAUAACGUCAGAUCAGAUCAUACCUUACAUUUCUCUUCAAUGAAAACAGUAAAUUCUAAAAUAUUUGUCAAUAUGAUCUAAUCUUCCAGAAAGAAUUAGAGAAAAAUAUGUUUUUAUUUACCUAAAACAUAUAUAUUUAAUAAUGUCUCCCAAGAAACCUGUUUCCUCUUUGUUUAACCUAAGUUUAAAGGUUGUAGAGUCCAGGUUAUCUGUAUACCUGGAGACUAGAACCAGGGACCUGGAUCUAGCUCAGGACUCGAGGGUAGAGGAGGAGAUACAAAAUCUCAAGAAGUUGUGUCAAAAUGAUAUUGAUGAGGUGUUCCAGGGUCCACUUAGGUUUGAUCUGUUGCAAUUCUACCUACAGGGAAGUAAUAUUGCAACCAAAACUAGGAUCGGAGCUUUCAUACUCCUCUCGUCUCCAGGGAUCCAAUCCCUCUCAUUUGGACAUUUUACGGAGAUUUGGUAUGUUUGUCUGGCCCGCGUUUUGUCUACUUGUGCGCCUGGACUAAUUCAACUAUCUUUAAGAUGGACUUGGUUCUGUGAUAAAUCUUUAAGAAUUUUCAUAAAAUCUGCUUCACAAAUGAUAAAUCUUCGCCAAUUGUAUGUUCCGUAUAUCGCCACCGAUGAACUUCUAGCGACAGUUGGACGAAACUGCGGACAUCUUGAAUUGUUGGACCUGUCCGGAGCUUCCGGUUUAUCAGAAAAUUGCGCCAAGUCGUUGUACAGAUAUGAUGUCGGAGGUGAAUACUGGAGAACAGAUCUAUGCUCCAGUCUCCAGUAUCUAUAUAUUGGAGGACCUGGUGGAGACAGGCUAGAGCACAGAUGUGUUUCACAACUCUUAGUAAAUCUACCAAACUUAGUCAGUCUUGGAAGCUAUCCCAGAACUGCAGAAGCCCUGGAAAAUGCAGAAAGGAGCAGAGGGGGACGAAGGAAUGCACCUCUGUUUAAACUUCAGUAUAUUCAUCAAUUAAAUAUUCAACCUCAGACUUUAAAAACUGUGAUAAGAUGCUGUCCGGAUCUGAGGACUCUAUUCCUUGAUACUCCAUGCUCAAACUGGUUUCAACAAAAUGUAAAUAAUCCAGAAGAAAAUAAGAAAGAAAAUGAUGACUUUUGUCUCAGAUUAACCCGACUGAAAACUAAUAAGGUUCCAGCUUCUGAUCUUUUGAGUGCCCUGAGAACUGUAGGUGAGGGUACCCUGAGAUGCCUAGAGUUGGUGAACUGUAAAGGAAUAUUAGAUCUCUCCAAGAUUUCCUACUUAGCUCAGGGAUUAAACUCUUUAGAGGUUUAUUACAGUGAACACUGUGUACAGCUGGGACCUUUAAACCUGCAACAUCUUACUAAAUUAGUCCUGUACAGUACCGCACUCUCAGGAAGCCUAGGUGAAGAACUAUUGUUUGUUUGUAAACAGCUUGUACACGUCACAUUACAAUCUGCUGAUACACUGGAUACCCAGAAGCUUGAGCGUAUCUUCGCAGCCGGAGGUUUACAGUACAUACAAGAGUUUGGCGUACUGCAAGCUCCAGGAUUGGAUUAUCAUUCCCUCCUUUUCCUGAUCAAUAAUCUGGAACACGUUAAAUUGAUUGGUCAGUUGGAUGGGUGGAAAUUAACUCUUCAGGAUGUCAACAUUAUGAAAAAGAAAGUUAAAGAAGAAGAUUUCGAUCUUGUUCUCUGGUAUAAUCUACCUGGAUACAUUGAUCUGAACCUGGAGGAUAUAGAACCUUGAUAUCCCUGGUAAAUAAUCUUUCUGGGUACAUUGAUCUGAACCUGGAGGAUAUAGAACCUUGAUAUCCCUGGUAUAUAAUCUUCCUGGAUACAUUGAUCUAAACCUGGAGGAUAUAGAGCAUUGAUAUCCAUGGCAUAUAAUCUACCUGGAUACAUUGAUCUGAACCUGGAGGAUAUAGAACCUUGAUAUCCAUGGCAUAUAACCUACCUGGAUACAUAGAUCUGAACCUGGAGGAUAUAGAACCUUGAUAUCCCUGGUAAAUAAUCUUCCUGGAUACCUUGAUCUAAACCUGGAGGAUAUAGAGCCUUGAUAUCCAUGGCAUAUAAUCUUCCUGGAUACAUUGAACUGAACCUUGAGGAUAUAAAACCUUGAUAUUCCUGGUAAAUAAUCUACCUGGAUACAUUGAUCUGAACCUGGAGGAUAUAGAAUCUUGAUAUCCCUGGUAUAUAAUCUUCCUGGAUACAUUGAUCUGAACCUGAAGGAUAUAGAGCCUUGAUAUCCAUGGCAUAUAAUCUACCUGGAUAUAUUUAUCUGAACCUGGAGAUUAUAGAACCUUGAUAUCCCUAGUAUAUAAUCUAUCUGGAUACACUGAUCUGAACCUGGCGGAUAUAGAACCUUGAUAUCCCUGGUUUAUAAUCUUUCUGGAUACAUUGAACCUGGAGGAUAUAGAACCUUGAUAAUCUUCCUGAGUUGAAAACUUUAGAAUGGGAUAUCCUUAAUCCUGAUCUGUAAAAUAAUCCGGAGAUUAAUAACAUGAAGAGAA